AUGAGGCCCAUUUCUCUCGUUAUAUGGGCCUCAUGGCUCGCUUUCAACCAUGCGCGGGCAGCAGCUGUGUUCGCCCACUUCAUGGUAAGUAAUGUUCCUACAUGGGAUGCUGCCACCUGGGAAGACCACAUGCUCUUAGCUAUAGAUGCUCAUGUUGAUGCAUUUGCCCUCGACAUAGCUAAUGGCUGGUAUGCCAAUGAGCCUUCGUUGGCCUUAGCAUUUGAGGCCGCCGAGACUUCUGGUUUCCAGCUCUUCUUCUCCUUCGAUUACGCCGGAAAUGGUUCAUGGGCGCAAGAGGAUGUCAUCGCCCUGAUAAGUCAAUACAAGGGCUCAAGCGCUUACUACCACUACAAUGGCCAACCAUUCGUCUCUACAUUCGAAGGCCCCGGCAAUGCCGAAGAUUGGGUGACUAUCAAAGUUCAAACAGGCUGCUUUUUAAUCCCCGAUUGGUCUUCUUUGGGAGCUAUCCCAGCCGCAGCGGCAGCAAAUGGAGUUGACCUAGCACUGACGUGGGCACCCUCGGGUUUCUUAGGCUGGGCUGGUUGGCCGUGGGGAGACUCGAACAUGACCACAUUUGUUGAUGCUUCUUACAUCGAAACGCUGAAUAGUUCCGGAAAGCCUUAUAUGAUGCCAGCUUCUCCGUGGUUCUAUACAAAUAUGCCCGGCUACGACAAAAAUUGGGUCUGGAGGGGAGACGAUACGUGGUACCAACGGUGGAUUCAGAUAUGGUAUAUGCAACCUGAAUUCGUUGAGAUCAUCAGCUGGAAUGACUAUGGUGAGUCUCAUUAUAUUGGCCCACUCGAUAAUAGCUCCUACGGCGCCUUCGCAGCGGGUCGAGCUCCCUACAACUAUGUUGAGAAUAUGCCGCACGAUGGCUGGAGGGAAGUCCUUCCAUAUAUGAUUGACACAUAUAAAAAUGGUCGAAGCUCUGUUAGUGAAGAGAAGAUUGUGGCGUGGUUCCGCACCUCGUUAUCAGAUGACUGCAAUCGCCAGUGGACUACUGGAAACACUGCUUCGCAGUUGCAAGAGGAAUUUCCGCCUGAUGAGAUUGCGCAGGACCGUCUGUUCUUUACCGCGCUGCUUGCCUCACAAGCAGAAGUAAUCGGAUCUGGGGGUGUUGGUCUCUAUCAUGGGAGUGUCCCUUUGAAGCAUGCGCAGAGAGUCACAAUUGAACUUGUGCGUGACGCCACCACUUUCCUCACUCUAACUCCAGUACAAAGUAUAUCGGCGGAUAAUUGCGUUAAUGAUCUCACCAACUGGAAUAGCUAUGUGGCUAUGAUCUGCACGGCUGGCUACAGUGUUGGUGACUUUGAUGAGCUUUGCCGCUUUACAUGCUCUUUAGGAUACUGUCCAGUUGGGGCCUGUGUUUGUACUAAUCUAGGCGUGUUGACCAGUUUCCCCAAUGCAACAGGAGAGGUAGGAUAUCCUGCCAACGGGGAUGCCAAUUGGUCUGGCCUCUGCACUUUCGCAUGCAACCUCGGGUUCUGCCCUAGCGAAUACUGCUCCAAAAGUGUACAACCUCAAUAUAUACCUAGUGUCUCACCUUUUACACCCUCCGCGUGUGUGUCUGGCACAGGCAACGGCAGUUUCUCCGGGCUCUGCAGCUAUACCUGCAAUUUUGGGUUUUGCCCCGAGAACCACUGUUCCUGCACUGAAACUGGAGCCUUGGUAACGGCUCCCUCCAUUGUAAACGAGACCGGGGUCUCUUUGAUUGGCUAUGACUCCGACUUGUGCAAAUGGUCCUGCGAGCGUGGAUACUGUCCUGAUACUGCCUGUGCACGCGCGGUGUUCAGUUACCCUGACAAUUCAUGCAGUGCCGCCCAAAAGUCUACAAUCGAGCUUGAGAUGACCAACGCGAUCUCUCUGGCUUCCUUUGCUGCAUCCGAUUUCCAGUCCGGCCCAUACUACGAAGCCUUCUUUCCCGCUAGUGUGCGGUCCAGCACGUUCACGGCGGACGCCGCCAACGUGUUCGCAAGGUCCGCCAAGUUGCUUUCUGGCCAAGACACGCAGUCAAAUGGCGAACCGUAUAAACUGCAAAUCACCUGCCAUAACAAAGGCCUGUGCGUCAAGCCAGGGCAGGAAAUAAUCGCAUACAUGAACGAUGGGAAACGGACUAUGAACUUUUGCAACCGAUUUUUCGUGGCGGACACCGACCCCGACAGCAAUAAUAAGAUUACAAGUACCGCCGCGAGGUUAGCUAAUUGUGGGACUUUGAAUCUGCGCAAAUGCUCUCGGUCACGCUCCACAGUCAUCGUCCAUGAGUCCAUGCAUACACGAUAUGUUAUGGGUAAAGACACACAGUUGGAAUCAUCUACUAGGGCCAAUGAUUAUGCCUACGGCAUCAAUGGUUGUUUAAGCCUCGCAGCCAACACAUUCACCCGAGCAUGUCCGGCAUACAAAAAUCUGCCGAACCUGUGUCCGGAUCCCACCACCGGACUAGAUGGGCAUUGUGAUAAGAGCUAUACCGCAAUGAACGCUGACUCCUGGGCACUGACGGCUGCUGGCGCUUACUAUAGCGCUCAAUGUAGCCGAGAAUUCCCCAUUUCCAAUGAGGUACCUACCACACUCAACCUUGCUUCCCACUUAACAAAGCGAGACACAGGCGAUUCAGGCGCCUGCAAUCUAGUAGAUGAUUUCAUCCUGUGGGAUGUCUAUGAUAAUUCGGAUCAGGUGACCGGCCUAGUUCAUUUUGGGGAUUCAUUCGCGGCAGGUAUGGGCACUGGGCGUACACCUUGGACUUAUUGCCGCGUGGGCAGUGAAAAUUACGGCAAGCUCCUUUACAACUACUUCGAUAACACCAGUCUUCCCUAUCAAAACUAUGCAUGCUCAGGAGACACUACAGUUGGACUGGCUGACAAAGUCAGCGCAUGGACAGUUACAUCGGACACGAAUGUGGGGACGCUGACGAUGGGAGGAAACAACCUCGGCUUCGACGACAUUGUUUACUAUUGUAUCCUGACUCCCAACUGGUGGCGCUGGGCCAGCACAAACAAGAAAUGGUGUGAAGAGUCCAAGUCCAAGGCCCGCGAUCUGAUGGCCGACGAUAGCGAAAAUGGCCUGCAAUCACUACUCACGGCGGCAUACCUGAGCAUCAUGAACAAGGCGACCAACGCCGACUUCCGGCUUUAUGUCACGGGAUAUCCUCGUUUCUUCAACAACGAGACUACCACCUGCGAUUAUUCUUCUUUCCACUUUUGGUGGGGUAAGUACAAUGGCGCCUGGGACCCACGCAUCGUGUACUUGACCACCGCCAUGAGGACAGAGAUGAACGGUUUGGUGCAACAGGUCAACUCGGUAAUAUCAGCCGCAAUCAGUGAGGCUAACACUGUCUUGGGGAGUGCCGGUGUCGUGUAUGUCGAUGUCGAACCUUACUUCGAGGGACACAGGUUCUGCGAGGAUGGUGUCAAAGAACCCGACUCCAGCCGCGAUGCGACGUACUUCUUCCUCAGCAAUUGGAAAGACGUUAUGAUCGACAAUCAAGAGACAACCACUUCUGCCGAGAUCGCUGCCGAGGUGGCGACCAUCAUUGCGGAUGGGCUCACUCUCCCCGACGCGGCCACCUGCAACACCACCUUGGGUACCGACCCUGAUCCUUACGCAGUAGCCAUGUGCCGGUCUGCCCUCCGGAUUGCGGGCGAUCCAGGGGGUCAGGAGUCCCAGCUCUUUGCCCAGGCUCAGCUCGACAUCGCCAACAAGAAUUAUUCCAGCCAGGAUAUCAGUUUAUGGGUGCCGGUGAACCAGAUCAAAACCUUUCAUCCCAGGAGUAAUGGCAUGCUCGCAUUUCGCGAUGCUGUAGUGGCUGCACUGGUCUUCUUGCGCGAUGUGCAGCGUGAAAGGAGAGCUGCGCAGGACAGACCUAUCAGGACACACUGGGUUCCCGUGGCAUCGAGUUUCUUCGACUGA